AUGGAGCCGGACGCGCAGAGCGGCCACGGCCCCUCACCGAGCGGGCCGUGUCCCACCAAGGCGGGCAGCGGAGAGGAGCACGGGGAGGUCUCCUUUGGGGCAGGGCCAAAGACAUCAUCACCUACCAAGUCAAGCUCUGAAAGCCUCUCUCCGCCUCCUGGAACCGCCGGUGAAACACAGCCUGUGCUGCCAGAGCUAGAUACCUACCAAGAGCUAGAGGAGGUCCAGACAGUUGACACCUGGUAUAUUGGGGCUUCUGCUCUUCUACAUUUUCAUGGAUUUCUUGCAGAAAGUUCAGAAGAGGAUGAAGAAAAUUCCAAGAAAAAUCCAUUUACGCUCCCUUCAGAUAUUGAUAUUUUCUCAAUAAGGGACAAGGAAAGAGAAAAAGCUAAGAAGGAACGUGAAAGGAGGAAGACCAUGAAAAUAUAUGAGAAAAUGACCUACUCCACUCAGAUAAAUGUAAGACAAAAUGUGUUCAGGAAAAUGCUGCAGAAAGAGGAAGAAGAAGAGGAUAGAAAACAGGCAACAGAAACAGACAGACUGAAAGCUUUUCAGGAUAGUGUUUCUUGGAAGACAGCCCUUACUAAAGAUCAGCAUUUAGAAAGAGAGAGCUAUCGUGACUACGUAAACAACAGGAGACAGAUAUUUUUGCUUGAGUAUACCAUGGCAGUAAAGAGAGAUGAGAUUCAGAGGCUGGAGAACUUAGCAAAGACAGAGGAAAGAAAACUGGAAAAGGCUGAAGACCACCUGGAAAAGGAUGCUGUCAUGUUUGAUGAGUUCCUGAAGGAGAACGACAAAAUAUCUGUUCAAGCUCUGAAAAUUGCUGAAAAAGAAACGGCAGCAAAGACAGAGAAAAUAAUGGAGAUCCAAGCGAUUACUUCCCAAAUAAUGAACCUUGAAAGUGAUAUAUCCAAAUUUGAGGAUACUUUGCAGGAGUACAAGAGGUACAGGGACUUCCUCUAUCAGUUGUCUCCAAAAGAGUGGCAGGAAGAAUAUGCAAAAAGGCACACAAAGGAACAAGAAUUGAGAAAAACUUCUAGAAGUAAGGAAGAAAGUACCUCUCGUCGCGCCACUGUGGAGAAGGAAUGCCUUUUCAGAAGUUUAGUGGAGUAUCAAGAGAGUGAAACCUGCUCGGACGAGGAGGAUGAGGAGCUGGAAUUGUAUUUUACUGACCCCCAGCAACUGCUGUCUAUUUUCACGGAGCUGGAGGAACAGAACUUAUCCCUCAUUCAGAAUUCCCAAGAUGUUGAGGAAACUCUGGAUGAGCUCCGACACACUUUAAUCAGCACAUGUAACAGGAUGGACCAGGAGAUAGAGCAGCUGAAACAGCUUGCAGCCACCGUCAAAUGCUCCAUUGCCAAAGAGGAGGAGACCGCAGCAGAUCUGAAGCUCCGAGUUCGCCUCUUUUCCUUCGGAGAAUACCAAGCCGAUGUCCAGGACAAAAUGCUUGCGAACCUGAACAAAAAGGUGCUGGAAGUCUAUCGCUGCUGCGUUGGAGAAAACGAGGCAAACCUAGGGACACUGCAGAUGCUAGCAGUGAUAGAGAAACAGCUGGACGAGUUACUGGAGUGCCUAGAGAGAAUCCCGCCAGCAAAGAUAGAGCAGGCUGAGAAAGCGAAAGAAAAAGAACGGAGGAUAAGGCUCAGAGAGGAAAAGAAAAGACAACAGAAGCUGCUGCAGGAGGAAAGAUUGCAACGGGCCCUGGCCAGAGCUGCCUCUCGUUCAUCUCUGCAGACGGGCAGGAGGCUGGUGUUCCGCUCGCACCCUCCCGCCAAGAAGGAGAAGCAGCAGCAGACCCAGGAGCAGAUGGAUGAAGAGAAGCAAGAGCAGCUCUAUUACUUCACUUGA